GUAAAUAUUGGACAUUGCGUCACGAAUUCAAAUACGCGGUCUGAUUCUCCAAGCAUCGGUUGCACCAAGCAUGUUUCAGGUUACGCGUAGGUCUUUAAGUCUCAGUCGCGAGUUAACAUUGUGGAAUGCAUUUCGACAAUUUUCGUCCACACCUGUUGCUUCUGCUAGUUUGAAAGAUAUAAUGGCUGACCUAGUACCUAAAGAACAAGCAAAAGUAGCAUCUUUUAGAAAGGAAUACGGUUCCACAAAAGUCGGUGACGUUACUGUCGAUAUGAUGUAUGGCGGUAUGCGGGGUAUCAAAGGUUUAGUCACUGAAACAUCUGUACUGGAUGUUAAUGAAGGGAUUCGAUUUCGUGGUCUUUCAAUUCCAGACUGUCAGAAACAGCUUCCAAAAGCUCCUGGUGGACAUGAGCCACUUCCAGAAGGCAUCUUCUUUCUCCUACUGACAGGAAAAGUUCCAACCAAAGCACAAGUGGAUGAUAUUUCAAAAGAAUUCGCAAACCGAGCUGACCUCCCAUCUCAUGUUCUAAACAUGCUAGAUAAUUUUCCAUCAUCUCUUCAUCCUAUGAGUCAACUGGUAGCAGCUUGUGCCGCUCUAAAUUCAGAAUCAAAGUUUGCACGAGCCUAUUCACAAGGUAUCAAGAAAAGUUUGUAUUGGGAGUACGUUUACGAAGAUUCUAUGGAUUUGAUUGCCAAGCUUCCAACUGUGGCUUCUAUAAUUUACCGUAAUUUGUACCGGGAUGGUACUUCUGUAACUGCUAUCGACUCUAAUACGGACUGGUCCCAUAACUUUUGUCGUAUGCUUGGUUAUGAGGAUCCUGGAUUUACUGAAAUGAUGCGUCUUUACCUAACCUUCCACUGUGAUCAUGAGGGCGGUAAUGUUAGCGCACAUUCCUGUCACUUGGUGGGUAGUGCACUUUCCGAUCCAUACCUUAGUUUUGCCGCAUCUAUGUGUGGCUUGGCUGGACCUUUGCAUGGAUUGGCCAACCAAGAAGUAUUAGUCUUCCUGAAUAAAAUGCAAGAGAAAGUCGGCAAAAAUCCAACAGACGAACAAGUUAAACAGUAUGUAAUGGAUACGCUUAGUGCCGGACAGGUCAUUCCCGGCUAUGGUCAUGCUGUUCUUAGAAGAACGGACCCCAGAUUUACUUGUGCACAAGAAUUUUGUGAAAGGCAUUUUCCAAAUGAUCCUCUGUACAAACUAGUUGCUCAAUUGUAUAAAGUUGUUCCUCCAAUCUUGACAAGUCUUGGCAAAGUUCAAAAUCCAUGGCCUAACGUGGAUGCACAUAGUGGUGUUUUGCUCCAGCAUUAUGGUCUUACUGAAAUGCAAUAUUAUACAGUUCUAUUUGGAGUUUCUCGAGCAUUAGGUGUUUUAGCCUCGUUAAUUUGGGAUAGAGCAUUAGGCUUGCCAAUUGAACGACCCAAAUCUUUAUCUACUGAAGCAUUAAUGAAAUUGGUGAAUGAUAUUGGACGUAAACAAGGUUAAAUAUGGUUUAUUCAAUUCGGAUCCAUAUCUGUUUUUAUUGGACAUAUUCAGUAAGGUUAUUUCUCCACUUUCUAAUAUUUUCCACUUCAAACUUAAGAACAAAUCAUCUUAAUAGUUAGUCAAGACUACUUUUUUUGUUUUAUUCUCCAUCGAUAUCUUACUGCAUAACAAUACAUAUGGUUAUUCUUUUAAGUAGAAAAGAACAUUCUAACAACUCAUUCACAAUUGUUUAUGUUUUGUUUGUUUUAUGUAUUUGUAGAAUUUACCUUUUAACCAGUUUUAGUAUUCCUAAAAUGAUGUAUAUCCACACAGGAAAUAUAUAUUCAUGUAAUGAAAAUAUUUCUUUUGUUCUUCCUUGUUGCAUUAUUUUCCCAUUGCUUUCAAAAAAUCAUAUUCAUGUGUCUAAGUAUAGUUGUUUGUUUGUGUGUAACUGUUGAGGUGAUUUUCUUAAAGGGAAAAUUCAUCAUAUAAUUCACUACGAAUCCUUCCCUUCGGAUUUUAAACUCAAUGUAAGUGUAGACUGUUAUGAGUUGUAAGCCUACAAUUCAAUAAUUGAAGAAUAAAUUAUUUAAUCAUAAUUAAAUUUUCAAUAGAAAACUGUGAAUUCGUUCAAAUUGUAUGAUUUGAACAACUAGAUUUCUUUUGAUCCAUUCAACAUUGUACUUCUAAGUCAUUAGUAUAAAUGUUUGAUAUUGACGUAUUACCAUGUUAAGUAUUUUUUAUUAUUAUUUUAUCUUAAGAAACUAAAUAUCACAUUUUACUUAAUGGUUUUCUGUUACUGGAUAUAAGAUUCAUAGUUCAUGUGCUUUCUGUCAAUAGAAAUAUAAAACAGAUGGAAGAAUGAAUUGAAGAACAAAAUGACUGAGUAUUGAUUCUCAUCAUAAUCAUCUGUUAAACAUUUAAUUCACAUCCAAGCAAUUAUGAAAAGCCGUAGAUAUUGGUAGCACCCUCGUUCUGACUAUUGAGUAUUCAGAGUUUCAUUCUUACCGGUGCUCAAAAACAUAGAUUAAGCGGAAAUACGAAGUAAACCUUUGUAGAAAAUGUCAUUAGCAAUAAUCGGAAAAAGUAGUGUUAAAGACAUUGGGAUAACGUAGCUUUAUACAUACAUGCAUACAUUAUUUGAACACAAACAUUGGUACAAGGAGUCACUAAAUACAUGUACGUCACACAAUGACAAUGAAGCCAAUAGUAGUUAUCAUUGAUUUGCCUGAGGGCUGUGAUACUACUCGGGUGCCCAAACCGAAGCAGGUGGUUUUCUUAGGCAGCCACUCCCCGAACAUUCAAGCUAAAAGUCUGAUCCACAAGCAGUGGAGCAACAUAAGGAGGUGCAGUCCCGUGGAAGCCGGUGCCCAGUAGUUGGUUCAUAUGCCAUUUGUUCCCGCAGGAUCCUGCAGCCCAUGUGCACCAUUGGUUUGGAGAAUCAGGGAUCUCCAUCUUAGGUGGAUCCUCCGUGUCCACCAACCCGGUUGAAGCACCAGCCAUUCGCUUCUUGUCCUCAAUUUCGUAAACGACAAUAAUGCCACGAGAAGGCAGUGAGUAAAACUUCUCUAGCAGUGGCUGUAUAUGCGUAGUCAUGUAAGAGUAUUUGGAGAGGAAGACCGGACUAUCUCCACUCUCGGCCGUACCAGGACAUUUGGAACAUAUCGAAACAUUCAGACAAGUUAAAGACUUAGUUUGAAACCGAUUAUUGAAGGAUUAAAUAACUUUUUGGCUAAAUUUUAAUCCUUCACCAUUGAGUUUUCACCUGAAUGAGACAUUAGCUUGAGGUAUCUUACUCAAUGGAAUUCGAUUUUUUGUGUUAUGUCACGGACUUAAGUUAUCUAACGUUUAUUCUUGUAGGUAGUGUCCAAUCCAGUGGUUUUCUACAGUUUAAGGCAUAUGUUUCUAAUAAAUCUUAUUCUAGGAAACAACUAUUAAAGCUGUUGCUAGCGAGUGGUAGAGGAGUAGGUUGGAAGAAAGCUAGGGGCGGCCAGACCAAAACAUGACAAAAGUCCAUGAAGUCACUGACAAGUGGACUGAGUCAUGUUGGUAGGUGUAGACUACCUGGUUGUGGACCGCGAGAUGAUAGCAACCGAUGGUUAGAGACCCUGAAUCACAUGGCUCAAAAUCGUUUGCAAUGACACAGGUGCAUACACUUUGUGUUCUCCCAAAUUCUAAUCUCCUGAUUCCUCCUUGUCUCUUUUUUCUCUUCACAAAUUCAUUUCACUGGAUUAUACUCUUUAAAUAACAUCUCCAAACCCUAAUCUUUUCGAUCACUGCUUAUACUCUUACUACCUCUACCACUACGGGAUUUGACUCGACAACUGCAUCUCUGUGCUAAUGUUGUAUGGCAACUCGAACUGAUGUACAUACGUACGAAGUUCUACGUUGUUACUGACUGACUGACUUGCUAGCGUUAUAUAUUCGUCUUUUUCCAAUUGGUUUACAGCUCACCUUCAACUUAACAGUGAUCAUUCACUUUAAUAAUAAUUAUAUGAUCAUUUUAGUAUGUUAAGCUCGUACCGUUAAUCGGCUAUGGUAAAAUCGUUUUCUGAAUUAAAAAUUUUUUUUGUAGGAAUGUUCAAAUUGUACUACCAUCUGUGAAAUCUGAGAUCUGUAUUUAACGACGCUUAGUUGAACAAAUUGACCAGAUCUCUUACCCACCAGUACACACCAAGUAUCUUUUAUGAAUGAUGUUUUUCUUUUUAUCAUGUGAUAUUUUAGCUGAAUUUAUUUUACUUUUGAGUUUAUAAGCUUUUCAUAAAAUCUUGUGAAUUUUAUGACCCCAUGGUUUGCCCAGGCUUAGUUUUGUCUGCUUAACCACACGUAUAGAUUUUUCUUGUUUCAGUUUGUUAGAAAAUUUUAAAGUUAUGAAAGACUGAAUAUUUAAUGCAUAAUCUCAUAUAGAUUAAAAUGAUAGUGUUUUGUUUAGAGUAUAGAAUACUGUUUUGAGUUGAAUCAAAAUCAGUUACUUAUGGUGUAUUUUAUUUUUCAGUGAAAGAUAAUACUUCAAUUAGUAAUCUCCAGUUGAUCAGAUGAAAAACAUAUUUAGAGAGAGAGAGAGAGAUAAGAAGUAAAGAAACCUGUAUAGUGUACUUUAUGUUAUAAAUUCUAUUUGUUACCGACAGAGAAUGAAUUCGAUUCCGUUCUUUUUGAUUUUUAAACUCACAUACCUCAUCGAAUAACUAAAAAGGUUGUUUUUAGCAAGUUUACUUAUAGAGUGUGAAUUAUCUCUUUACUACAACGAGGAAAUCGUCUUAGAGUAACUCCUAACAGUUACUCUUGAUUAACUAUUAACAUUACAGAUUAAUAAAUUAGCUGAUGUGAGUAGCUUUAGAAGCAUCGGCGUUCUGCUAAACAAGUGAUCGACAGUUUUUAUGUUCCUCUUGGAUAUCUUCUUGUUGACUUCUUAAACAAAUAAUCUGUAAGUGCUAACUGAAACGUGUAUACAUUCGUAGAGCACUUAUGCUAAAAUAUUUAUAAGUGACCGUAUUAUUAAUUACCUUCAAUAUAUUUCGUCAGAAUUAGAUUGAGACAAACUUUCGAAUGUUUAUUGAGCUAAUUAUUUUUCAGUUUGUGACUGUGACGAUUUCUAACUUUUCUAUAGAGGUGAUGUUGGAAAUUCCUUGCAACUGGUUUCCUUGGUAAAAUUUUGUAAAGCAAUAAUACUGAACAUUGUGGAAUGAAGUAAAGUCACUUCAGUUCAUGUGCUGUAAUUCAUCCACAUACGCGGUGAUUUGUAUGAAUAAAUAGAAAGUUUUACAAUUGUAAUGUUAUAUGUAAUAUGAAAUAUUCAGGCAUGUUCGUUAAGUGAUGGAUGUUUUAAGCAUGAGCGAGAGAGUGAGAGAGAAAGUGGGAUGGUGACAUAACCGAGUUUAAGAAAUGUGGAUGACUUGGAGCACAUUAAAUAAAAUCAAUUUCCUUCCACAAUGUUUGUUUUUUUUGUUUGGAACCUAUUGACUUUUCGUUUUUAUUUUACGAGGAGAGUACAUCUAAAGUCACAUAUAGAUUUCAUUGAAUCUGAUUAAAUAAUAUUUGGUUAAAACAAUAUUGAUACCGUUGUGAUUAUAAUAAUUUGCGUUUUGUAGUGCGUUCGUCAGUGGAAAAACUAACAUUUUCCCGGAAUGAGUGACAUACCAACGUUAGUUACAUGAAAUCUUAUCAUCCAUUUUAACCUAACUAUUCGGUGUUCAGAUAUAGUUCACAAAUGUAUAUUUACACUAAGUCAUACGAACUAUUGUUUUACAAUAUCAAUCAUUUUUUAUGUGCUAGUCACGUGUUUCGAAGAGUAUGUACAUUAUCAUAUUUCCGUUUCUACCAAUAACCACAUCUGAUGUAAUUUAUGUUCUUAGUGCUAAGCUAUUUUAGUUAAAUAAACAUGAUUUUUAAACAAAGUGUGUUUCGAUCGAUUUUAACUUGACCUUUUUUUUCGGUUUGCCAUUUUUUGGACAGUACAAAAAUAUUGCAACUUUUAAAAGGGAUAGGAUGUAUCCGUCAAUUUGUAGCUCAUAUGUUUUUCAAUGUUUAAUGUAUAUGUGGUAGGAUAUAUUUUCGGACAUUUUUCUGUAUAGUUAGCGAGUGAGAGUGCUGCCUAUAAAAGUGUAAUAUUCACUGACGAUUUUAUUCCAAGCUCUAAAUUUCACUUUUUCAUCAGAUGAAUGGGUGUACGUACCAGUUAUGUUCAUAGAAAACGUAUGUGUAUAGCCUAAGUUGAUUGCACCGUAAUUCCCAGUGGAAAUUAUUCUCUAAUAUGCAACACUCACUAAAUAAACAGAAAAAUCAGAAGGGGUUUUUAUAGAUAUUAUAGUAAUUUGAAUAGUUGAGAUCAUGAGUCAAUUCAAGCUAGACCACGAUGGAAAAAAUGGAAUCACUGGACGGUGGAUGUGUCGCUCAUUUUCGUGGAUUAGUUGAAGUUAGACAUUAACACCGUUGGAUGCCGGCUCAGUAGUCUAGAGGUUAAGCGUUCACUCGGGAGUCCGAUAGGUCCUGAGUUCGAAUAUGACGAGUCGGGAUCGUGGAUGAGCACUGCUGAGAAGUCCCACAGUAGGAUGAAACGAUCAUCCAGUGUUCCAGGUUUACCAUCGUGGUCUAGCUUCAAUUGAAUCAUGAUUUCAACCAGUGAAAUUUCUAAAAUCACAAAAUCCCUUCUGAUAAUAAUCAUCUGCUCACUAGUUACUGACUUCAAGAGAUACUCCUGGAGUUCUAGUGAGUAGCCGUUACCAGUGGGGUUCAACCAGGUCUGUUGUGAGAUAUCAGCUCACCGAAGACAAUGGUAUACGGUGGCGCAACUUCGUGGAUUCGUUGAAGUUAGACAUUAACACCGUUAGUUGCCGGCUUAGUGGUCUGGUUGGUUAGGCGCCUGGCGCGAGACUGACAGGUCCUGGGUUCGGAUCUCGCGAGAUGGAUGCGCACUGCUGAAGAGUCUUAUACUAGGACUAAACGGCUGCCCAGUGCUUUCAGGUUUUUCAUGGUGGUCUAGCUUCAAUUGACUCAUGAUUUCAACCAGCGACAUUUCUAAAAUCUUCACAAAACCCCUUCUGGUUAUUCAGUACUUAGUUAAAAAGUAAUCUCCAAUUCUUUUAUCACUGAUCAGUUUAUUUUGCAUUUAACCAAUGCAAAGGUUUAGUCCCCUAUCUGUAAAUGAGUCCAAAUUUAUUCUCGUUUAUUUUGAAUGGAAGCGGAGUAAGUACUUUGAUGGUUUAGGAGCUUGGUUUGUAGUUAUUGACCUGUGAAUUCAAACUCACAUUAAUUUGGUCUAAAUAAUUAGAGAUUAUCACCAAUCAUCGUACAAAAUAUGUAACUUGAAGUCGACUUUACGGGGUUGUACUUAAAAGAGAGUUUCCCUGAUUAUCGUAACGCUGUAAAUAACAUCUUGAAAAGCAGGCUUAACAAGUUACAUAGUUUUUCAGUGUUAGUGCAUAGUUUGUUUUAUUUUUUUUGCACAUGACUUGUGAUGAGUGAAACCCUUCUACUCAAAUUAUGUUUUAGUCAUUUGUAUCCUAAUUUCUUUUUUUGGGGGGGGGCAUUUAGUUACGUGAAAAUUCUUCAGAUCAAGAGGAUUUUCUCAACCGAAUUGCAUGCGGUGAAGAACAUGUUUUUAAUGAAGCAUAUGAUACUGAAUUCUCACCGGCAUUUAAUUCAAACAAUACUAAUCACUCAGUUUUUGAUAUUAGUAAUGCUACAAAAGCUCGUCAACUUGGUAUAGUACAUGGUGUAAAAUUGGCUUCAGAAUUCGGUUUCUGUUAUGGAAUGGUUUUGGAGAUUAUCACUUCUAGACAACAACUUCCAUAUUCCAAUGUCAUCCCCAAUGAUCAUAGUAACAAUAAUAAUAAUAAUCUCAAUCUAACUAAUAAUACUAAUUCUAAUACUCAAUUACAAUUAGAUAAAAUGAAAAAAAAUCAUCAAAUUUAUAAAAUAGCACAACAUUUAUAUCAAUAUUUAAUUGAAUCACCAGGUCUAAUUCAAUUAUCUAAUUAUCCACAAUUAAAUAAAUCUAUUCAUUAUAUAAUUGACGAUGAUGACAAUAAUAAUAAUAAUAAUAAUGAAAUAUUGAAAUAUUUAAGAAAUAAAAUGAAACAAUUAAAAAGUUUAUUAGAUAUACAUUCAAUUGAAGAGAAAAUGAAUAAUUAUCUAACUUUUUAAUGAUUUCACCAUCUCCCCCCACCACCACCACUAUUAUUACCAUUGUAGUGAAGGAGAAUACAGGUAAGGACAACCGAAUUUUUAUUUAGCACAAAAAAUUACUGAGUUACUUAGUUAAAUAGAAAAACCAUACUAUAAUACUUAACUUGCAAAAAUGUUCAAUAAUUGUCUUGGACUUCAUUGUUUUUGCAUUUUUUAAAUACUAAUUGCUUUCUAUUCCCACUCUUGCUUUCUUGAUCUUCCCUCAUUUUCUGCUGCCAGACAUUACAUUCCUGACUGGCGUUAUAUACUACUUAUAUCAAUAUAAGUAGCACGCACCACAUUACUACCACUUCCACCUGUUUUUUCAUUUGGCUCUUUUUUUCUUUUGUUUUAUAUUUGUAAAUACGAUGUAUAUUAUAUUAUUUUAAUGAAAGAAAUUUGUUUCUAAUAUAAAUACUAAAGAUGAAAAUAAUACAUAAAUUGGAUAACGACUAGCAAUGGAAUCUAAGAUGAGUGUUUUGUCCUAUUUGAAAAUCGUUAAUUAAGUGUAUUUGUAUCUGAGUUUAUGUUCUCUUACGGACUUGUACUCAGUAUCAUUCACUUCAAACGUUAUCACGUUAUCUAUUUGGUUAGUGAGUUCAGCCUCUAAAUUCUUUGGUUACAGCUGAGAGUGGGGUGAGUUAGCUCCCCGUCUCGAAAUGUUCUCACAUAAACUUGUGUAUACAGCCACUGCCAGGGAAGUUCUGCUCGUUGCCUUCUCGCGGCGUGGUGUUGUUUGUGAAAUUGGGAGGAUGAGUAGUUAAUGUUGGUCGACACGGAGAAUUCACCUAGGAGAGUUGGAAAACCAUGAUUCUCCAAACCAAUAAUACACAUGAACAUCAGGAUCCUGAAGCAAUAAAUGGCAUAUGAACCAGUUAUUGGUCAAUGGCUACCAUCGGACUGCAUUUCCUAACGUUAGUCCGCUACCUUAUGGAUUAGACCUUCAGGUCGAUGGCUCCGGGUGUGACCCCCUAUGAAAACCACCUGUUUCGGCCUGGACACUUAGGCAGUAUCACAGCCCAAAUACAAAUCAGGUAACUUGUGUAGCGCAUAUGUUUUCGGUGCCCCUUUGUACCAAUAUUUAUGUGUUCAAAUAAUCAUGUAAAUUAAAAUGAAUCCAGAUAGCCACAUCAACUCUGGUAUACAAGUACGUCUUGCUGACGAGUUUCAAAUAGGACGAAACGUGUGUUUUGUAUUCCACUGCUAGCCACCAUCCAUCUUUUCUCACAAUGCUUGUGCACAAGAUGCACGUAUGCCAAUAAGUGACUGAUCCAUUUCUGUCUUAAACAUCAAUGGGGAGAUUCAAACAACCAAUACAAAAACGAAAUAAUUCCGAAAUGUUUUUCCCAUUAUAUUACAUAAUCACUUAUAUACAUUUAAUUUGUUUGAAUUUCUUUCUUUUUUUAGUUUUUGUUUUACUGAAUAGUAAAAUUUUUUUCCAACUGAACAUAACUAUAUCAAUAGCCUAUUUUGUACAAUGAUAAUUGUUUGAAAGAAUAUAUAGCUGAGGUUAUUGACUAUUUGUGUAUUUCAUCGAGAGUUAUCCAGUACUACUCAACAGAAUCAUCAUAAAAAUAUUAUUAAUUGAAAUUGUUCAGUGAAAAGUCUUGGUUUAAGGUAUGAAGGGGGGUACAUUAAGGCAUUAUCUGUAGUAUUUCAAGUAAGCUAAUGAGUGAAUGUAUAUACAUCAUUGUGAUUAAUUCCGACUUAUGUUCUUAACAGCCUGUCCAACCAAUAAUUAUUUGUUACCAUUAAGGCCACUUUAAGAAAUAGGAUUAUCCCCAAUGUGUGACCUACGAACGAAAACUGUUUUCAGCAGGUAUUCAUCGGUGUAAUUGUCUAACUUCAACCUAUCCACAAUAUUGCACGACUGUCUCGGUUGAAAUUAGACAAUAACACAGAUGACCGGCUUAGUGGUCUAGAAUUUCAGUGUUCAUGAGAGACCGAAGGUACUGGGUCAAAGUCCCGCAUGUGAGACCAUGCGUGCACAUUUUCAAGGAGUCCCAUACUAAGACGAAACGGCUACCUAGUGUUUCCAGGUUUUCAAUGGUGGUCAAGAAUUGAUGGGAUCACAAUCUUAAUAAGAAAUAUACUUUGUGUUUAUGGCGAUAAAAUAUGAUUUAAAUAUAACUAAUAUUUUGAAAUAAUAAUACUGAACACACGUGCUUUGAUUUAAUGAGUAGAGUUUUUGUAUUGUAUGUAUCGUGUUUACUGAAUUCCAUGGUUUGUUUUAAUGAUGGUAUAUCAAAUAUGAAUAAUUAUUGGCCACAAAUGUAUAGAUUACAGUUUACCUGCAAUGUUUAUUUAUGUUAAAAUGAUGGAUCCCAGCAGUUAAAUGUACGUGUAUAGACAAACACAUUAACUAUUUAAGUUGAAUGUCUUAUAAUCCGAAAUUAUUUAGCGCAGAUCAUUUUGAUGACUAUAGGAACUAUAUCUAAUCACACAAAUUAACCACCAAGGUUGCAUUACGUCUAAUUAUAUCGAUUUUUCGCACAACGGAUUACCGUAAGUUUGGAAAGUGUGGGACAAUAUGUACUGACACAGUGGCUGAAUGAUAUCCUGUUUGCCACUAGUAAUAAAACAAACGAGUGAUUAUUGUUCCUAUUAUAUGGGUGAGAAACGCCACCAGAUAAAUUCUCGUUUUACGUGUUAGGAAUAAUCGGAUACUUAGUUAUGUAAUACAAGAGUGAUCAAUAUCUGAACGGAAAUCUCCUAACACUAGUAAGAAUAUCAAAUACCAGUAAAUAUUAAAUACAUGGAUUGAACUGUAAAGGAAAGUUUUGAUUUUCAUCAUACAUUGAAUUUAACUGGACAACCAUUAGAAAUCAGGAAGUACUAGAUGGCUGUCUCAUUUUAGUAUGAGGAUCUUAAGUAGCGAUCGUUCCCGACACCACGUGGAGAUGAACCUAUAGCCUUUAGAUCACGGCAAGUUCUUAACAUUAAAAAUCCUGAGUUAUCAUUCAAUAGUUUAUAUUUCUAAUCGUUGAUUUUUUGAAAACCAAAGGUUAUAAUUAGAUGGAAGUCAAGGGAUUUAUACAACCAAACAAUUUAUUUAUUUAUUUGAACACAUAAAUAUUGGUAAAAAGUGGCAGUGAAUAUAUAUGCACCACACAAGUUACUUGAUUUGUGUGUGUGCCGUGGUACUGCCCGAGUGCCCAGACUGAAGCACGUAGUUUUCAUAGGGUGCCACACCCGGAGCCAUCGACAUAAAAGUCUAAUCCACAAGGUAGCGGAGUAACUUUAGGAAAUGCAGUCCGAUGGUAUUCAGUGACCAGUAAUUGGUUCAUACGCCAUUUAUCCCUUCAGGAUCCUGGAGCGCAUGUGUACCAUUGGUUUGGAGAAUCAUGGUUUUCCAACUCCCCUAGGUGAAUUCUCUGUGUUCACCAACCGGGUUAAAGUGCUGGACAUUCUCUACUCGUCCUCUCAAUUUCGUAAACAACACCAUCUGCUGCGAGAAGGCAAUGAUUAAGACUUCCCUGACAUUGGCUGUACACGUGUGGCCAUGUGAGAGCAUUUGCACAGGGAGAGCUGACUAUCUCUACGCUUGGCCGCAUUUGGGGACACAUAUCUCCUAUAAAUAUUUGUUUCAAAAUUAUUGUUCUAUUUUGUAGCAAAUCUUUAAUGUGCAUAUAUUAUACAACUUAUAACCUACAUAAUCUAUUUUGUUUAUUUUGCUAACUUUAUAUAUUAAAGUUCAUUAUCAUCAUACAAUUGUUUAUUAUUCAUUGUCAUUUCAGUUAAGAUUAUUGGGUUUUUUUUCUUCUCGUAAUAGUUAAAAUGAUUAUUAAAAUCAGUUUAUGUACUGUUAGUGAUAUUGAAAUGUCAUUUGUUAAUAGACUAUAAUGAAUGAAUCUAUUAACAAUAUUGUACUUUAUAGAUCAAAUGAAUUAAUUUAAUUUCUAAUUACUUUCGGUUAUAAUCAAUUGAUUUAGUCAUAAAUAAAUUAUUAGUUACUAGAUGUAUGGGUAAAGUUUAUUUUAGUUAGCGUUUUUUUUUUUUUUGCAAUGUUGUUUUCUACGGGAGUCAGUCAGUCAGUAACAACGUAGAACUUCGUACGUACGUACGUACAGGAGUUCGAGUUGCCAUACAACAUUAGCACAGAGAUGCAGUUGUCAAUUCAAAUCCCAUAGUGGUAGAGGUAGUAAGAG